CUUAGAGGAGGAAAUAGAAAAGGAUUUGGAGUAAAGGAGACCAGAGCCAGGGAUUGAGAGGAGGAGUCAGGGAGAGGCUUAGAAACCAGAGCUGUGUGAUGAAACACAAGAACCAGUGGGACUGAAAGGUGCAGCAGCUCCACUAAGCCUCUGUCCUGACCCCACGGCAGCACUGGCUGGUAGUCCCCUCACAGGGGACCUAUAGAAGGAAGGAGCAGCUGAUAGUUUUGUGACACAGCUUCACCUUGGAAGUGUGGGCUGGGGUGUUUGAACGAGAACACGUCAGCAAAAGCAGAAGGGCUUCCUGUUGGCUCAGCAAGCCGUCCUGCUCCAGGCCGCUUCCUGCAGAGGAAUUCAGGGGCACACUACAGGUCCCUCUGCCAGUUGCCAAUGUUCCAGCUGACCGCCACCCCAGCAAGUGCCCUUGCAGAUGAGCCAGUGCAUAUCCGAGUGACAGGCCUGCCCCCGUUGCAGAUAGUGACCCUCACGGCAUCCCUGAAGGAUGAGAGAGGGUAUGUGUUCCAGUCUAAAGCCUUCUACAAGGCGAACGAGGUUGGUGAACUGGACCUAAUGGAGGCUCCUUCAAUUGGAGGCGACUAUGUGGGGGUCCACCCGAUGGGUCUCUUCUGGUCUCUGAAGCCCGAGAAGGUUUUCCGGAGGCUGAUUAAGCAGGAUGUGAUGAACAGCCCCUUUUAUGUCACUCUGAACCUAUAUGACUCAGUUUAUUUGCAAGUUUCCACCACAGAUCAGCCUAGGGCCAGCCAGACGGUACAGCGCUGGUUCUCAGGCCCUGGCGUACAGCGGGUACAAAUCCGAGAAGGUCGUGUGCGAGGAGCCCUUUUUCUCCCUCCAGGGGAAGGUCCUUUCCCAGGAAUCAUGGAUUUGUUUGGGGGUAGAGGGGGUCUGGUUGAAUUUCGGGCCAGUCUUUUGGCUACCCAUGGCUUUGUGGUGUUGGCAUUAGCAUAUUUUGGCUAUGAAGAUCUGCCUAAAAAACUGGAGGAGAUCGACCUGGAAUAUUUUGAGGAAGCUGCUAACUGGCUAUUAGCUCAUCCCAAGAUCCAAAAGCCAGGAAUCGGAGUGAUCUCCGUGAGCAAAAGUGUAGAGAUCGCGCUGGCCAUGGCCUGCUUCCUGAAGCAUGUGGUAGCCACCAUCUGCAUCAAUGGGCCCAACGCCAUCUAUGAAUUUCCGCUCAGGUACAAAGAUCUGGUUAUAACACCCAUCCCCUCGUUUAUGGAGCGCGUGCAGAUGGACGUUUUAGGAGCUAUGCGCCUCCGCCACUACAAGGGGGAUGCCCGGGAUGAGCUGAAUCAGAAGAGCGUGCUUCCCAUCGAAAAGGCCCAGGGUGCGAUUCUUUUCAUUGUAGGAGACGGUGAUGAAUGCAUGAAUAGCAGGGAGUAUGCUGAGCAGGCCUUGGACCAGCUGAGGAGCCAUGGGAGAAACAAUGGAAGGAUGCUGGUAUACCCCGGGGCGGGCCACCUCAUAGAACCUCCCUACACACCCCUGUGUUAUGCUUCCCCACACAGGCUCGGUUCCGGGAUCCUGCUCUGGGGAGGGGACCCUGUUGCCCAUGCGGCAGCCCAAGAGCACUCCUGGGGAGAGAUCCAGAAAUUCUUCAGGGAACACCUUACUCAAACCAGAAGCAAACUCUGAGCAAGGAAGGGCUAAGGGUGAUGAUGCACUGGGGAGACAGACAAUGAAAGUAAGGCAGGAAUAUGACGGAAACAGGGGGCUCUCCUGAUUUCUCUAGAUUCACAGUUAUUUUGGACCAACUGGAAGGAAAUUGGACAAAAUCAAAGGACAAGGGCACAGGUGCAUAUGAACUAUUUCGAACAAAUUUGUAUGUGAUUUGAAUUUUUGUAAACCGAAUCUUAGUUUAUGUGUACCGGCAGGUAUAUCGCUGUCUCAAAAUUGUGAUACCCUUGCAAAUUGAAUAACCUUUGUACCCCAGUUAGGGAUACCUUGGAUCCAGGUAUUUGCCAAUCUAGGUGAAUUCCCUGGGACUUGGCAAGUGGUGGAAAACAUUUUCUGUUUAAAACUGGGUUUCUCGGGGUGCCUGGGUGGCUCAGUCGGUUGGGCGUCCAACUUCAGCGCAGGUCAUGAUCUCUCAGUCUGUAGGUUCAAGCCCCGUGUCUGGCUCUGUGCUGAUGGCUUGGGACCUGGGGCCUGCCUGUGAUUCUGUGUCUCCCUCCCCUCAGCUCCUCCCCUGCUCACGCUCUCUCUCUCUCAAAAAUAAAUAAAAAUUUAAAAAACAACAACAAAAAAAACCGGGUUUCUGACAUUUGAUAUGAAAAGUUCUAACACUACCAUCAAAUGUAAUGCUUGCUAUAGAUUUCCAUAGGUAUUUUUUUUCUCAGAAUAGGGAUGUUUCUUUUCAUCUCUAAAAUAUAUUUAUUUUUACCAUUUUUAAUAAGGACUGGGGUUGAAUUUAAUCAUGUGCCUUUGUAGCAUUUAUUGAAAUUUGUUAAUGUAUUUAAAACAAUUAGAAUAGCAAAUAGAAUAGAUACAUAGCAAUUACUGUAUCAGAAUUUGCGGUCAUUAUUUUCAUACUGCUUUCUGCCUUCAAUCUGUUAAUGGGGUGAAUGACAUUCAUUAAUGGACUCAUUUUGCUUUUGCAUCUAAUUUUACUACAUGAUUUUCUCAUAUUGACUAAUUUGAUUUUAAAUUUUCUUUUGGAGUCAACCUGGCCAUUUAUAUUUUCUCAGAAUUUCACCUAUGUUUUAUAGAACACAUCUGUCACUUAGAAGUUGCACAUAUCCCCUGUUAUCUAUUGGCAUGCUUUCUCUUUUUUCCCUCUUGGUCUGACUUGCCAAAUAUGUUUUUUUAUUUUAUUGAUCUUUUCCAAGAACAGUUUUGGUUUGUUUAUUGGUCAAGUCUUUUUUUCCUGAUUCCUUGAUUUCUGGGUUUGUUUUUUUUAAUAUUUAUUUUUGAGAGAGAGAGAGAGCGCUCAUCAGCAGGGAAGGAGAAGAGAAAGAGUGAGAGAGAGAGAGAGAGACAGAGGAUGCGAAGCAGGCCUUGUGCUGACAGCAGCGAGACCAAUGAGGGGCUCCAACCCACCAACUGUGAGAUCGUGACCUGAGCCUAAAUCAACCGGGUGAGCCACCCAGGAGCCCCUCUGUUGACGUUGUUGUUGUUGUUGUUGUUGUUGUUGUUAUUUUUAUCAAACCAUUCCUUCUGCCAUUUUUGUGUUUAUUUUUCUGGCUUCUUGACAUCCAGUGUUCUCAUUUCGUUAAUUUCUAAACAGUUUCUGAUUUACUCCCCACCCCCAACUUAAUCAAAGAGUCAUUUUACCAAAGUACAAAGUAGCAUACUAUAGGUAUUUAUUGAUUAUAAGGGGAAGGGGUGAGGAACUUUGCAGUGGAGGGAUCACAUUGUUACCACUUGAACCCACUGUUCAAACUUAGCAUCUUUUAAAAUGGUCAUUUUUAAAAAUUAAAUUAAAACAAAUUUUUGAGAGAGAGAGAGAGCGCACAUGAGCAGGGGACAGGGACAGAGGGAGAAAGAGAGAGAAUCUUGAGCAGACUCCAUAUUCAAUGCGGCGCCUGAUGUUGGGCUCUAUCCCAGGACCCUGGGAUCAUGACCUGAGCUGAAAUCAGGAGUCAGAGCUAUACUGACUGAGCCACCCCUUUUUAAAAAAUUUAUUCUCUUUAAGUUUAUUCAUUUUGAGAGAGAGAGAGAGAGAGAGAGCAGGGGAGGGGCAGAGUGCGAUAGGGAGAGAGAGAAUCCCACGCAGGAUCCACACUGUUAGUGCAGAGCCCAACUCGGGGCUCAAUCUCAUGAACCAUCGUGAUAUCAUGACUUAAGCAGAAAUCAAAAAUCAAAUGUUUAACCUAAUGAGUCACCCAGGCGCCCCUAACAAAGGUCAUUUUUACAUGAUGUGUUUCAUGACAAGAUGUAAUGUGGAGUGCCCUGCACUACUUAGAUCUGUGUCUAACAACACUAUUAAAUGUGAACUUAACCAGGGGUGCCUGGGUGGCUCAGUUGGUGUGACUUCGGCUCAGGUCAUGAUCCCACGGUUUGUGAUUUCGAGCCCUGCAUCGGGCUCUGUGCUGACAGCUCGGAGCCUGGAGCCUGCUUCGGAUUCUGUGACUCCCCCUGUCUGCCCCUGCCAUGCUCGUGCUCUCUGUCUCUCAAUAUUGAAUAAACACUAAAAAAAAAAAAAAAAAAAAAAAAAUGUAAACCUAAUCAAACUUUUAGAUCAAACUUCUUAGUAUAGUGGCUAGAGACUAGUUAAAGGGUACUGCAAAGAGACAAACAAAUCUAGGUUGUGGGUCAUUCUACCACCUGGUCUCAUCGUAAGUUAAUUAGCAACGGAUCUAAAUAACUUAGAAAAGUUAGUUGCGUGAAAAAAUUUGUGAGAUUUUUUUUUUUCUUUUUGUUUUUGCAUUGGAGUGAGCUGUGGGGCUAUCAAGCAUUAAAAGAGACUUAUGAAACAUAAUCAACCAAAUGCUAUUUGUGGGCUUGGUUUGAACAAAGUAACUGCAAAAAAAGACUUUUUGGGGACAAUUAGAAAAAUUUGAAUAUGUACUGGGUAUUAAAUGAUACUAUGAAAUUGUUAUUAUGUUGUUAGGUGUCCUAAUAUUGUGGUUGUGUAAAAGGUCACUUCUACAUAUAGAUGCAUACUGACAUAUUUAAAGGUGAAGGAUUGUGGUAUCUGGGAAUUGUUUUAAAAUACUACAGGAAUAUGGCAAAAUGUAAAUAAUUAUUACAUCUAGAUUGUGGCUAUUGUGAGGUUUGUUAUAGUAUUUUAUGUGUGCUUGCAAUGUUUCAUAAUAAAAAACUCAAAAUAUAAAAGACACAAUCAAUGUAUUUACCUUUCAUCCUCCAAAGGCAAGAACUUUAGCAUAUGCUAUAUCUUUUUCUCCAUGAUACCCCCAUUAAUUCCAGAUUACUGAUUUGUUUUACAAUAAAUACAUAUUUAACAUAAA